AUUGUAAUCCAUUAUAUACAGACCGUAUAUAUUAACCGUCGGUCUUGGGCAAAAACAGGAAACGGAAUAUUAUGUUAUCCCUCUGUGCUUUGUAAUUGUUAAUAACAUGCACGCUGUUUUUUAGAUGAGUUUUUCUUUUCCCUGGAAAUUGCCGUGCAUAGCUUAAAAAAAAAAAAAAUCAAACUAAAGCAAAGCAACGUUGAUUUUUUAAAUUUAAUUUUAUUUAUGAGAACGUGUCUCUUUUUUCCCUACACUUAACUGAAAUGAUUAACAUAUUUGCCUUUACGAGUUGGAAUUGCUGAAAUAAAGUAGUUUUUUUUUCCCCCCCCCCGAGAAAAGAAGAAAUUUAUAUAUAUAUAAUUUUUUUUUUUAUUAUUUCCCCAAACGAAAGAAAUUCAUCUGUUCAAGAUGGACCGAUACUUUUGAAACACUAAUACAGUGUAGUUUUUAUCUGGUUCAUCCGAGCUCAAAAAACCCAAAACCGAAAGGAACCCUCAUCUUUCGCCUCCGGGAAUUGUAAUAAAAGGGAUUAUAUAUCUGAGUUCUGAUGUUCAGGAAUCGGGAUCUCUCUGCCUGUCCGGAUCACCGAGCUCUGAAGCCGACUCACGGCGCUUCACCAGCCUGCAUUCACAGACUACCCGUCUUCAGUUAAAGCAAUUUAUGAUCCCUGUGUGGUGGCGCUCCCCUUGGUAGUCGACCCCACGCUCCACCAUGUUGGCCUGUCUGCAGAGAAGGCAGAACCCCCAGCCUCAGCAUCUGGCCUGCCCCAGCAAGAUGCUGGAGACACCCUCCACCACCAGCCACAAAUGUGAGCUGGUAGCGCCCAUGCAUUCCCCUCGGUACCCCAGCGCGGCUGAGCUAGAUGCCUACGCACAGAAGACAGCCAGCAGCCCCCUGUCCAUCAAGAUCUUCCCCACCAAUAUCAGGGUACCCCAGCACAAGCACCUUAACCGGACUAUCAACGGCUAUGACACCACGGGCCAGCGCUACAGCCCCUACCCACACCUGCACACGGGCGGCUACAACGGCCUGCUCGCCAUCGUCAAGACCACGGCCCCGAUGACAACGGGAAAGGGCGUGGUCAAAAACUCGGAGGGCAAGCGGACUAAGCUGUCCCCGGCCCAGAUUGCAGUGGCCCCUUAUCCUCCACCAAGCAGCAGCACUUUAUCCCAGGGUCACGGGCAGAUACAGUACAGCACAGGCCACUCCAAACCCCCUGAAGCUCCCGCAGUACCGGUACCUCCUAACGUUACUCUGGCUGCUUCCUUUAUCCCCAUUGCAGGGGGCCGUGGCUUGGCCUUACCCCCGCAGUCGAACCUGCCCUCCAUUCAGAGCAUCAUCUACCAGAUUAACCAGCACUGCCAGGCCCAGGCUCUGCAGCAGGUAUGCCAGGGGGUGGUGGUGGCAGCAACAACCGCCAACCCCAGCCCAGCAAAACAGGUGGCGGGAGCUUCUGCAAACUCUUCUGGCAGCAUGGCAGGCUUCCCCGGCAGCGUGAUGGCCCAGAGCGGUUUGGCCUACACUGGGGCGGUGUUGCCUACCCAGGGGGCUGAGCUUGUCAAAGCUGGAGCAGCCUAUAUGGACAGCAUGGAUUAUAUUAUCUGGCAGCAAAAGCAGCACCAGCAUCACCAGCAUCAUCAUCAGCAGCAGCAGCAGCAGCAGCAGCAGCAUCAUCAUCAGGCUGCACUGAGGAUGUACAGUGCCGGGAGCGGAGGAGGUGGAGCCAUUAGCAAAUCUCCGGAAACAUGUGUGCCGGGGAGCGCACUGGGGGUGGUCGGCAGCGCCCUGGUAUCCUCCAGGCCUUACGCCCUGACUGCAAGUGCCGGUUGGCUGGAGAAAGUGAGCUCCUCUCCGGUGAACUGCGCCGGCAUGCACGGCAACUUCUCGGUGGGCCAGUACUUUGCCCCUCCUUGGAACAGCGUGCUGGUGACCCCCAACAGCGACUGUUACAACCCCCAGGACAUUGUGGGGGCCAACACGGGGGGCGGAGGGGGGCACAGAGAGCUGGGUUUCCCCCACCAUCACCAUCAUCAUCAUCACCACCACCCCCCCUCCGACAGCGGCCUGUGCUGCAGCCUGCCCAGCAAGACCCUCUGCAACACCUCCAUCCUGAGCAGCAGCCUCCAGUCGCUGGAGUACCUCAUCAACGACAUCCACCCUCCCUGCAUCAAGGAGCAGAUGCUGGGCAAAGGCUAUGAGACGGUGUCAGUGCCUAGGCUAUUGGAUCACCAGCACGCUCACAUUCGACUGCCGGUAUAUAGAUAAAAAAAAAAAAAAGAAGUAAAUAACAUUGAAACAAAAAAACUAUGGAAAAAAGUUAUUAAAACAGAAAAGGAGAUCUUUAUUAUAUAUAAAUAUCUAUAGAUAUGCGAUUGGAACUGCUUUUAAAAGUGAAGGAUGGGUAACAAGGUGGACUGAUUCAUCGUGGAGAUGGUUCCAAAGCUCCCCAAGGAGGAGGUGGCUCUAAGGGGCAAAGGUUGAAGGUGAAAGGGGAAUAGCGCGUGUGUGUGUCUGGGGUGGUAGGCAGUUGGAAUUCAGUUCUGAAGCUGGGAAAAUGGAGUGAGAUUUACUAACUGGGGAUGGUUUGCUUUUGCUGGUUUUGUUUUUGUGAGCUUGCUACUGGAUGAGGUGCACACAGGUGAAAGAAAAAUGCACAUAAGCGCCCCCUACACCUCGGAGGACCAACACAAAAGCCAAGGCCUUGCAAAUGGUUCCAAACAACAGAGAGAAGAUGAGAAUCGUCUUUUGCCGGUACACAGAUGACAGCUGCAAGAACUGUUUUGGUGGGGGGAAAAAAAUAAAUAAAUAAUGUGAAUUGCACUGCUUGGAGUAUAAAUGCUAGAAAAUGGGUGGGAGGGAGAGCGGGGAGAUCUGGAGUAAAUAUAUUUAAGAAACUUGAAAACUUGAACCUGUUUUAUUUUUUUUCAGGUUGAUAUACAAUGUAUGUGUUGGCUGCUAAGGGAAA